UCGAAUGUCGUGAUAAUUACAAUUGUAAAUAUUUUGGAACUAUGUCAACAGUCAAAAUUACAAAAUUUGCAUCUGAUAUGAUAUAUAUCCAAAUAACUGCGUUAUAAUUAUAAAAUUUGCAGAGUUUCUAAGGUCACACCGAGCGUUUUACACUUACAAAUUACGGUUUUAUGGUUUGUUGUUGUGUUAUAGGUUGUUAAAAGUUCGAAUUGAAGAUGGAAGCGGGAGAUUUUCCACACCUUGACACUGAAACAGACACAACCCUCAAAGACCUUGAUUUUGAUCAGAUAAGACAAGAAAGAUUUGACAGAAACAGACAUUUCUUGGAGAGUGUAAAUCCUACAUUUGCUGCAAAGGUGUUUCCUGGUCAUGAGCAUGAAGGGAAGCAUCUCAGUGCUAGAGAACAAGCAGCUGUCACCAUUCAGAGAUUCUGGAGAGGUUUUAAGGGGAGAGAAGCAUAUGUCUCUGCAUUGUGGGAAAAGUUUGAAAAGGAGGAAGAAGAGCAACAGGAAAAAGUGAAAUAUCAGAUGGAGGAGGGAGAAUUGCUUGUUGAGAAUCAUCAGCUUGAAGUGUUGCUGGAUGAUGGCAGAACAACACGGAGAAAUGCAGAGAGGCGUUACAUAUCUAAAGUGAUUACAAUCCAGAGGGCCUGGAGAACAUAUCUUGAAAAACAAGCAUCUGAAGGGUCUAAAAGUAAUACAGAUAACCAUGGUAAUGAUAAAGACAACUUAAAGUCUGGUAAGGUCAAGAGGUCAAAUCCAUUUGAAAAUGUUACUGAUGAUACAAUAAGUGAGGACAUAGAAACAGAAAGUAGUGAAACAUUUAUGUAUAACCCUUUGACUGAAAAUGUAAAGGCAACUGAAAGCUGGGUAAAAAAGUCACCAUUAAUAAACAAUUUCUUUAGAAUUGAUAACAAAAGUAAAAAUGAGGAGAAGUUGAAUAUCCAUGAACUGUCACCAAAACAACAAAGAAAACACAAUCUAUUGUCAAAGGCGCAUGAGUUUGUGCAGCUGAAAAAGUUAGAUUCAAAGGUGUUACCUUUUGACCUUCACCUUCAUAUAGCUGAGGGUGAAAGUUCAGAAUCCAAGUCUUUUGAUAUAGAGGGAGGUAAUAUCAUGUCUACAGAGAUGCCACCAUCAGUAGAUGGAGAUAAGAGUGGGGUAGCGUCCCCUCAUAGUCAAGUUCACUCAGAGUUUAACGAACCUGUUUGUAAUGUUAAGGUAAAUGUUGAAGAUAGUGAUAUUAAUGGAAAAACAAAUUCAAAGGGAGAUAAUUGUGUUGAUACUGUUAAUAAACAUCAUGUAAAGGGAAAUAACCCUUUUAUAGAGAAAUCUUUAGGAGCAGAUAACUCAUCAAUCUGUGAUACAAAUCAUUCUGAAUCUCAAAACACCUGUGAUACAAAGGAAGGUAACUCUCAUUUAAAUGCAAAGGGAAACAAAUCUACCUGUGAUACAACCAAGGAGAGUAACUCUUGUCAAACUAAAGAUAAACAGGAAAUUGGCCAAAUUGUGACAGUAAAUUCCAAGGGAAGUAACUCAGGGAGAAAAGACGAUGUUGAAAGUGCAUUUGAUGUGUAUAACAUAGAAACAGCCCUUCCAUAUAUAGACUGGUCAUCACUUGAGGAGAAGUUGAAAGCUGCUAGUGAGGAGGCCAGAUUGAUCCAGGAGGCCCGACGCAAUGACAGGGAAGAGAUUCGGAAGAAGCUUGCAAUGGGUGGAGAAGACGGACUGGAUGAUGACGAUGAUGAUGAUGAUGAAAUAACUUACAAGAAACCAAAUAUUCAGUCACGCUUACAUAGUGGAUUACAGAUAUGUUUUAUGAAUGAGUCUCCAGGUGAUACUGACAACGAAGGUCUGUCUCCACGGCAACAUGAAAUCCAUGACAAUGUGAAACUUAUGAAGAAUGUCAGUAACCUUGUUGAUUCUGAUAACAAUUUGAGUUCUGUAACCGAUUUAAACAAUCCUACCCCACCCACCACUUCAAUACAGAGUUCAAGUCCGCCGAGAUUAAAACCGGGAGAAGAUAACGUGAAGACAGAAGAUUUUCAUUCCAGACAAGAACAGUUGCAGAAUGAGGCAAAAAUGGCACUUGCGCAGGCUGGGUCUAUGGCUCACAUGCAGUUGGAAAUUGAGAAACAGUUGAAAAAGAAAUCCCCAAUGGCUGAAAUGGUUGGGAUUCCAGGUUUGGGGGAGAAACAUAGAAAAAAGCUCAGUUUAAGGCAACUACAGCAAAUGAACUUGACUUCCAUACAAGUCCUGUAUAAUGAUUUACAGACACAGAUUGAAAGUUUGAAUGAGGAGCUUGUACAUCUACUGAUGGAGAGGGACGAGUUACACAUGGCCCAGGAUUCCAUGUUGGUUGAUAUUGAAGAUUUAACAAGGAGAGCGGAGGAGUUAGCCGAGCGUGCCAAUCGUACUGGAGGGAAUAAAGGAAACAAGACGAAUAGUGUUAACGGCAAACUUCCUGCAAGAUAGCAUUUACAACUGUAUAAUAUAAAUAAACUUACAUACACUGUGUUAUAUAUAACAACAGAAACAAGACGAAUAGUGUUAACUGCAAACUUCCUGCAAGAGGCAUUAACAGCUGAUUAAUAUUUAUAAACUUACAUAUACUGUGUUAUAUAUAACAACAGGAACAAGACAAAUUGUGAUGAAGGAUCACUUCCUGCAAACUAGCAUUUACAGCUGUAUAAUACAAAUAACAAAUUUUCAUACACUGUUUUAUAUAUAA